AUGUGUUCCGAUAUACAAGGUAUAAAAGCACUGUCUGACAAGUCACAUUACUGGCGAAGUAUGCAGGAAAAUAGAAUUAUUCACCUGUUAAAAAUGGAUCCAUGUCAAACAAAAAUAGCUGAGAAGCUUAUCAUAUUAAACGAUCGGGCAAUUGGUAUGCUCACUCGACUUUAUAAUAUUAAAAGAGCGUGCUGUGAUCCGAAGUCUAAGCCGCAGCUUCUCAAUGAAAAAUCGCUGGAGGGAUGUCUAAAACAUAUCACACGGAAAUUCCCAAUUAUUGAUACGAGAUCCAAUCCUAGUACUUUUAGUCAGGCAAAUGCACUGAAACAAGAAAUCAUAAAGUCGCUUUCCCUUUAUUACUAUACGUUUGCGGAUCUUUUGGAUUUGAAAGAUCAUAUUAUGCAGUUAUUGACAGCAAUGGAUGCCUGUCAAUAUAAACUUGAUAUUACGCUUAAUUACGACCUAACAGCUGGGUACAUGAACCUGGUUGUAAAUCUAAUAUGUAUGAUGAUAUUGGUUUCUCGAGUGGAUGAUCGGAGGGCUGUAUUAGGGCUGUAUAAUGCGGCUUUUGAAUUAAGUAACGGCCAGAACGAAUCCACGUUCCCUCGUUUAGGACAGAUGAUCUUAGAUUAUGAAAACCCAUUGAAAAAAUUGUCUGAAGAUUUGGGUCCGUUAAACAGGUUGAUACAUUCUGCUUUGACUUCACUGGCAUCAGUGUAUGUUAGACGCAACAUAACUGCUGAAGCUUGGCGUAACGCGCAAAUGCUUUCUCUGGUGGCUUCACCUCAGCAAAUUCUUUACGCAGCGCAAACUGAUACAAUUGCUUGUGAGUACCUUUCACUGGAUGUGAUGGAUCGUUGGAUUAUUCUUGGUGUUACGGUAUGCCAUAGUAAUUUACUUCAAGACAGUGUCAUUGCUAAUUUAUGGCAACGGGCGUUGCAAACUGGUCUUGCAAUCCGCUUGUUUAGGGAUGAAAUUUUAAUUGUGCAUCAAACCGUCCAAGCUUUUUUUGACUCAAUCAAAGGCUACAGUCGGAAAAUUCAGGAAGUGAAGGAUCAUUAUUCCAUGGCACUUCAAACU